UCUUCAUAUACACCGGUGGCCGCAGUGAAGUGCUCCAGUGUCCGGCUCAAACUUGAUAACGAUUGGUGCACUCCUCCCCAACACGCAGGCGAUGUCGUCGUACCAGUUGCCCGCUAACGCAAGCGAGGACGUCCUGCAGCUCAAGAUAGACGAAGUCCAGGGCAACCUGCAGUCGCUGAACAUAUCGAACUGCAUCGUCGCGCAGCCGGCAAUCAUGUUGUCGCUUUUAGCUCGCCUUCGAAACCUUCAGACUUUGUCGUGCAUUGCCUGCCCUCUUAAGGCGAGCUUUCUUCUGGACCGGCUGCUGAGGUCGUUGCGGAACGUCACUCACCUGGAGUUCUCGCUUGUCGACGCGAAGGACUACGCCAGGGAGGAGCUCAUCAAUAUCCGGCACCUGGGGAAAGUACACAAGGGUAGGGUGACCAAUAUCAGGAAGUUGUACGUCGAGAUAGCGGAUGAAGAGAACAUGGAAUUGCUGCGGUCGUUCUUGCAGUACUGUCCUCACGUGGCGGAUCUUCACAUUCACUUCACACACUACGUUCGCUUCGAAUUCGGAGUGGUGGCGUGCUUGCGAAUUGUGGAAAACCAGAGCGAACUGGUGGCGUUCACGUUCACCUGCGAAGCGCCGUCUACGAUGCAGUCCGAACCCACGCAGCUGCUCGAGCUGCAAUACUGCAUCGACAUUCACGGUAACGUGGUGUUCAGGACAAACCCGAAGGCCUUCAGCUACGCUCUGCUGCGCGACUUGGCUGCGUCGCCCCAGGCGGUGCUUCCUCUCGAACCAGCCGUCCUGGUCGCCUUCGAAACACCGCAUUUGGAGAGGCAGUUGCUCGAUGCCGGCGCUCAUCACGACUGGGCCAAGUUACAGAGCCUGUGCAUCCUGCUGUAUGCCCGAAGCCUCGACGAAACCGUUUACCCGGCGGUUGAUGCUAGGUACAACUUGGUCUUGCGCGUCUUUUUCGCUAGGCUUUCGAACCUCGUCGAGCUGAACGUCAGCUCCUUCCACUUCGGCGACGGCAAUGACUUCACGGAGCUGCUCGCAGUGUCAGCUCUGCAGCAGCUGCGUGCGUUGUCCCUCCCUCCGUGUGGCCUGCGUCACAGCGGCGCCGUGCGCCGGCUAGCCGUCAGCAGUGGAAACAUUGAAGAUUUGGACAUCCGCGUGAAUUUGGAUGGCCGCCACUGCAACUGCACAUUUUGCGACAACGAACUGGUCAUCGAACCUGCGGACGCGAGCGCCUUUCGCAUUGGCUCGGGUCGUCUUACUUUAAGCAAUCUGCCGAACCUGGCUUCUCUGGACUUCCUCCAGUGCUUGCAGGUAUCGCAUCUGAGGUUCAUCGACGUCUCGGCCAAACCACGCUUCGAUUACACGGCGUUCUCCGAGGCUGUGCGCUCCAACGACAACCUCCGCUCCCUCGUCGUCAAGUUCCGCGACAUCAACUUCCGCGAUGAGUCCUUUGAGAGCUCCCUGCGCCCUGCGAAAGCUUUGGAGCACGUGUGCCUUCUAACCAAGCGCGAGCUGAUGCCGGAGGUAGCGGAGAAGGUUGUCGAAUCGAUGGCCCUCCAGCUGCCGUCGAUAUCCUACUUGCACAUACAUUACGUGGACAGAGGAACGUUCACGGAGGCCAGUGUGACUUGGAUUAGACUACCCGAAAGUGACACGGCGGACGAGCCAGACCAAGGCAAGGUGAUGCAGGGCAAGCCCUGCAUCAUGUGUUCUACCCAGACGUUCAUAGCGCUCGCGAAACCGCGCUCCCGUGAACUGUAGUAAAACAAGCAGCGGAUAAUGGGCCUUUCCUUUGGUCACUACAGGACUGACCGCCCAGCCGUGGUGACACUUGCAGGCUCUGCGAGAGCGAACUUCUUUCGAUGUCGUGGUAAUCGCUGUACCGGAUCGAAUUCACGUUUAUACGUGAAGUAAUUUACUUUAAGGCAAAUAAAUGUUUAUCCUUGCUAUGAAUGUGUAUUUCAUAUCCAGGACACGUGCGGUCAUGCAUCCGGCGUUCAACUUCUGGAAGCUCUAGCAAACUGUGGACGUUGUACGA